AUGGAGACACCAGGAUCCGAGCCCCUUCGGCUCUCGCCUGAUAUGGAUAUCGAGCGUUUUGUCCGGGUCCAGGACCGCAAAGUUGACUCAGGGUCACUGCAACAGGAGACAGAGUACGAGCGUGCGAUCCGUGAACUGCGAGAAGGCGAAAAGAGGAGUGAAUGGAUCUGGUUCAUUUUCCCCCGGGUUUCCGGUUUGGGCAAGCACAUCAACAGCAUUUUUUACGGAAUAGCUUCGCUGAAAGAGGCUAAGACGUACCUGGCGCACCCUGUUCUUGGCCCAAGGCUACAUGAUGCAAUUGAAGCUGUCCUUGGAAAUGGAGACGACGACAUCAGCAAGAUCUUCGGCAAUUCGGAAGAAGCCGCGAGGUUCAAAUCUUCUAUGACACUCUUUGCGCAGGUCUGUCUUGGUACUUCAGAUGAGCUCUUUUUGAGGGUGAUCAUGAAGUUUUGGGGUGGGAUUCGUAACGAGAAGACAGUACGGAUCACAGAGUCGUGGUAA